ACCAACAAUCUCUCUGUAAUACCAAAAGAAAAUGAAGGCAGUUUCAAUGGAGAGAAUCAAGGUUUUUUCAUUACCUGUCUUUAUGUUUCUAGUACUCAUCUCUACCAAGAUGGAUUGCCAGAUGAUAACGCGGCCUCUGAGGCCAUUGCCACCACCAACUCCUCCACGCCCACUCUGUACCUCCCAAUUCAAUCUUGUAAAUUAUGCAUGUGCACAGCUGCCGUACAGCCCGGCGCCACCUCUGCCCCCUCCCCCAUCGACACCCCUUCCACCGGAUAAUAGUGAUUCAAGCCAUAGACAUAGACAUAGACACAGACACAGGCGCCAUCAUAACACGAGAGAAACGCCCGAGGAAAGCAAUUGUUGCCGCUGGUUGAAAGAGGUAGAUAAUGAGUGCGUGUGUGAGUUGCUGGUUCAAUUGCCUAUUUUCCUUGCAAGGCCUGUGCACGAGUACACAGUCCUUGUUGAUGAUUCUUGCAACGUUACUUACACUUGCUCAGGGCGCAUAAGAUUAACAUAAUGAAGAAAUUGUCAUCCUUAAUUAUGUUUGCAUAAUUAAAACUGUGGUAGUCCUCUUAACUUGCCAUAUUUUAUAUAUAUACGAGUUUUACUGUUAAGUUUGCAGUCUAGAGUGUCAGUUCUUGUGAUAAUAAUUACACAUUUGUACUGUUUCAUCAGUUAAUUUAGGACUAGCUACAUGCUUCCUUGGCAAGUGCUUAUGCAUUUAAAUAUAUUAGGUGAAUAAAAAUGGCUGCUUACAGAAAAUAGAAGCUGAAAUGGGAAGUGCUCUUUUUUUUUUGUUUUGGCUUCAUUGAAUUUGUAUAAUAAUCCAAGCUACAAGUUGGCGCUUGGACCUUUCUUUAUCGCAGUGCAACAAAUGAAUCAUUUGAGAUCAUAAAAUGAAAUUCUUUCUUUCAUCAA